UGCCAACUCUGGUACUGUGCUGCUCUCUAAAACUUGUUCUUUUCUCUUGAAGAAUCAACUGAUGCCGUGAGGGAAACGGGGUUGUGGACUCUCUUUUAUCUGGGAAGAGCAGAGGUACUUUCCUGCAAGUGGUAACUCGGAGACAUUCCUAAAUGUGAGAGGGCCAGCUGCUCCCUGGGAACAACUUCACCAACGAGUGCAACAUUCCGGGCAACUUCAUGUGCAGCAACGGGCGGUGUAUCCCGGGCGCCUGGCAGUGUGACGGGCUGCCCGACUGCUUCGACAAGAGCGACGAGAAGGAGUGCCCCAAGGCUAAAUCGAAAUGCGGCCCGACGUUCUUCCCCUGUGCCAGCGGCAUCCACUGCAUCAUCGGCCGCUUCCGGUGCAACGGGUUUGAGGACUGUCCGGACGGCAGCGACGAGGAGAACUGCACAGCAAACCCGCUGCUCUGCUCCACCGCCCGCUACCACUGCAAGAACGGCCUCUGCAUCGACAAGAGCUUCAUCUGCGACGGGCAGAACAACUGCCAGGACAACAGCGACGAGGAGAGCUGCGAGAGCUCCCAAGAACCAGGCAGCGGGCAGGUGUUUGUGACUUCGGAGAACCAGCUCGUGUACUACCCCAGCAUCACCUACGCCAUCAUCGGCAGCUCCGUCAUCUUCGUGCUGGUGGUGGCCCUGCUGGCGCUGGUCUUGCACCACCAGCGGAAGCGGAACAACCUCAUGACACUGCCGGUGCACCGGCUGCAGCACCCCGUGCUGCUGUCCCGCCUGGUGGUGCUGGACCACCCCCACCACUGCAACGUCACCUACAACGUCAACAACGGCAUCCAGUACGUGGCCAGCCAGGCGGAGCAGAACGCCUCGGAAGUGGGCUCCCCGCCCUCCUACUCAGAGGCCCUGCUGGACCAAAGACCUGCCUGGUACGACCUCCCUCCGCCGCCCUAUUCUUCCGACACCGAGUCGCUGAGCCAGGCCGACCUGCCCCCUUACCGCUCCCGGUCCGGCAGCGCCGACAGCGCCAGCUCCCAGGCAGCCAGCAGCCUCCUGAGCGUGGACGACACCGGCCACAGCCCGGGGCAGCCUGGCCCUCCAGAGGCCACCGCCGGGCCCAGGGACUCCGUGCCCAGCCAGGGCACCGAAGAAGUAUAAAAUCCAGUUAUUCCAAAGUCCACGUGGGUUCAUCUACUCUGACUUGUUACCACCCUAACA